CGCGCGAGCAGGCGGGCGAGCUGCGUCUCCGCCAGCAUCUGCCGCUGCCGCGUUUGCCCGAAGCCCGGGGACCGAUCGCCGGACUGGCCGCCUGGCGCACGGACGCAGGCGCCCGCUUUGUGCUCAGGGCCAGCUUCGGCUAGGCUCGGGUUUGCAGCGUGCUGCUUCUCGCCCGCUCGCAGACACCCGCUCCGGCGGCCUCGGCUCGCGAGGGGCUGGAGGUGCGGGAGCCGCUUUCCGCUGGUCGGUCCCCGCGCGGCUGAGCCCGGGCCGCCCGCGCCGCGGCCCCGAGCUCAGCUCCUUGCCGGGCUUGCUCCGAGCAACGGUGCUCCGGGGCUCCAAACUUGGGCUGCCGGGGCAAGUGUCUUCAUGAACCCAGAGGAUGUCCGGGAAGCACUACAAGGGUCCUGAAGUCAGUUGUUGCAUCAAAUACUUCAUUUUUGGCUUCAAUGUCAUAUUCUGGUUUUUGGGGAUAGCAUUUCUUGGAAUUGGACUGUGGGCGUGGAAUGAAAAAGGCGUUCUGUCCAACAUCUCGUCCAUCACCGAUCUUGGUGGCUUUGACCCAGUGUGGCUCUUCCUUGUGGUCGGAGGAGUGAUGUUCAUUUUGGGAUUUGCAGGGUGCAUAGGAGCACUAAGGGAAAACACUUUCCUUCUCAAGUUUUUUUCUGUGUUCCUGGGAAUUAUUUUCUUCCUGGAGCUCACUGCUGGGGUUUUGGCAUUUGUUUUCAAAGACUGGAUCAAAGACCAGCUGUAUUUCUUUAUAAACAACAACAUCAGAGCGUACAGGGAUGACAUUGAUUUGCAAAACCUUAUAGACUUCACCCAGGAAUAUUGGCAGUGCUGUGGGGCUUUUGGAGCUGAUGAUUGGAACCUAAAUAUUUACUUCAAUUGCACAGAUUCCAAUGCAAGUCGAGAGCGCUGCGGCGUGCCGUUCUCCUGCUGUACUAAAGACCCGGCGGAAGAUGUCAUCAAUACUCAGUGUGGCUACGAUGCCAGGCAAAAACCAGAAGUUGACCAGCAGAUUGUAAUCUACACAAAAGGCUGUGUGCCCCAGUUUGAGAAGUGGCUGCAGGACAAUUUAACCAUCGUGGCUGGUAUUUUCAUAGGCAUUGCAUUACUGCAGAUUUUUGGGAUAUGCCUGGCCCAGAAUUUGGUUAGUGAUAUUGAAGCUGUCAGGGCUAGCUGGUAGAGCCCCUGCAACAGCUGCUGCAAGACACUGGACUGACCCAGCCUUCAUCACCCUCCUGCGUGCUGAACUGAUAUGCAAGCUGUGUGCACCUCGUCACACAGGCAUCCUGCAAUCCCACCUAAUGGAGCUGCCAAGAACUUGUUUCUUUUGUUGGGGGUGUAAAACUGGAUAAUGCUGCUCACUGACAGAAAAAAAAAAWUUUUUUUAAUAAGAUAGCCAGAACGAAAGUCAUUGCGCCGUGAAUCUCUACUGUAGCCAUGAAUUUAUGGAUGGAUGGAUGCUUACCAAAAA